ACCACGGCAGAUUGGACCACAUCCGGCUGCUGCGGGCAGGGACACCACCAGGGAGAUCGGCAGGGACACUGCUGCUGCGGGAAGGGGCGGAGGGAUCAUCCCCAUCAGCAGCAUCGACAUGCGGAUAGCGAUGGAUAGGGCGAGGUAUCAAGACGCGGCAGAGCUACUCACGCCCAUAAAGAUGGUAGCAAAGACUGAGUGAAUGCUGACAUGCUUGUCUCUGCCCCUUGCUCCGUCGCCUGCUGUUUGUUUGUCGGAUGAAGACCGCUCAUCGUCGUGAGCAGAUGCAGCAGCAUCUGGGGGAGGGAGGAGGGAUGGCCAUGAGGACAACAGACGACAGGGAAAGGGACGCGGGGCCACCGGUGAUCCUGCUGCAGCCGGCUGCGCCGGAUAUCAACCUGGACGAGAUGGUCUUCAUCGGGACACUAUUUAAGAAGAGUGAAUGAGCAGAGGCUAGCCAGACACACACGAUGAGACCGACAUCCCCCCUCUCUCUCUGUGUCUGUCUGUCUGUCUGUCUGUCUGUCCGUUAAUGUGUGCAUGUAGGUCGUUCUUACCGCAUGAAGAAGAUGCUUCACCCGCACAGUCUGAGCAUCUUGGUCGUCAGUGAGAUACCUCUCGUGUCCAGGGAACUGAGGUCAAGCACACAUGGCUGAUGUGGUCGAUCUCGAUGGAUCAAUGAAUCAUCUCGUUCAGGGCGAGCCUUUCUCGUUGGGUGAGCAAGUGGCAGCACCUGCAGAGGCUCUCGCCCGCGUUCAUCGGUCAGGUGAAAACACUGGCUGACUGCACAAACGCCAUACUGUCAAUCAAGUGCCUGCACGCCUCCUCAAUCAUUGGUCCUUGUGUCUGUCUGUCUGUCUGUCUGUCUGUCUGUGUACCUUCAUUGAUCUGUCCGUCAUCCAGCUGUGCAUGGCAUGGCGGUGAAUCAGCCCGAGGCGCAUGCGUCGGUCGUCACAGAGUACAUGGAAGCCGGGUCUCUUGACGCGCUCAACCAGGUCGUCGGAGGUAUGCUCACGCAUGACCCGUGGAGGGAUUGAAGGCACACCCUCUGUCUCUUUCUUUAUCUCUGCUGUUGCAUUGUCACAGGCCUUCCCGAGCUCUGCUUGCGCGAGCUGUGUCUGCCGCUGCUCACUGUACGCUAAGGGAAGAAGCAAAGAGUAUUGCUCUGUGAUUCUCGGUGUGUAGGCUCUGGACGUGCUUCAUCGUGAGUGCCGUUCUCUGCACGGUGGCCUGACAACGUCCCAGGUGCUGUUCGACCACAAGGCGAACAGCAAGCUUUCGCUGGGGCUCUCAACACGAGUUGCACUGCAAACAGAGUGUAAGUCGGUGGGUUGGGUGCAGGGACACGCCGGACCAGACCCACUGUAUGUGUGUCUCUUCGUCGCUUUGUGUCUCUAUCUAUGAUGUGCACAGCGCGUGACACGGCGCAGGUGAGUGCCGCUUCGCCUGCGGAGGGAGCCGGGGCCGUGGGCGAUGCGCGCAGAAGGCACAGAUACUCAAAGGGACCCACCGUCCGAAACAUCGCUGUGAGCAUGCCUCGGAUGAAAUGAAUGAGCGCUGAUCAUUCACGUCUUUGACUGCCUUGUGCAGGAGGCUGAGUCAGAAGGCGAGAAGUCGCAUCGACAGGCGGGACCUCCAAACUCACUCCACUCGGGUGGUCCGAAUGCCGACGACCCAGGUGCAGCAGACAGGUCAGCACAGCAACAAGGACGAGACAGAAUCAUCCUCUUCAUUCAAUGCGCGAUGGAUCAUGUCAGCUCGCUCCAACAGCAGCUGUCCAUGUCUCAUUCCCCGUCCGCGCCAGCCCUCCCCAUGCCCAGCGAGAUGCAGACGCUCCGCCUGUCCAACCUGACCCAGACACCCCCAAUGGGCCGCCUUCAUGAAGUCGACAUCUUCGACCUGGGUCUGCUGCUGCUGGCAACGGCUGUGGGAGGGUAUGACGUGUUGCUACACCACGUGUCGAAGGUCCUGCCUCUCAAGGCGCAGAUUGAGGCUGAGAGAAAGAGCAGGAAGGGGGGAAGAAGCCUCAGGGUGGAGGCGCGCAGACAGAGCAAGGGGGGACACCCUCCCGCGUAAGUGGGCGGCCGAGAAAGAAAGAAAUGAACAAUCGUCUUCAAGCUUCUUACCGACUGAUUUGCAGGCCUCCCCGCCGGCCGCAAAACAAGCGGCCUGGCGAGCUGUCGCCUCAGUCGGAUCCCCAGCCCUCCACAAUGGGUACUGAUGUGUCUGGCAAGCGGCGGUCGUACACCUAUGGCGAGUACGGGGUGCAGUACUAUGUGGCCAUCGAGGCGCAAGACGAGGAGGUAAAAAAUGCUGCCUGGCCGGCCGGCUGGCGGGUGGGCGGGCGGGACGAGAUAAGACGGAUGUCGAUGGGUGUUUGUGUUCAGAGGCAGGAGGCGGGUGAGGAGGAGUCAAUCGACGAUGAGUCGGGUAAGCGGAGAGAGAAGGAGAAAGAACGAAAGUAGGAUAGAUCUUCUUCUUCUGAAUGUUUUCGCUUUGAUGCAGAGGAUGAGUAUGAGAUAGCUCAGAGGAAGGGCCGACUGCAGAUCUUCGACGAGAAGUACACACAAGGAUGGCCACACAUGCCUCAUUAUGUCUCUGCCCGUCAUAUCUCUGUCAACAGAGACGGUCUGGACGAGAAGGCCUCGACGAUGGGCAUCCUGCUGGAGGAAGCAUUUGCCGAGCAGCCGCCACCCCCUCCCCUGCCUCCGCCCCUCCCGUCGACCCCCCUACCCUUCACACCAUCGCACCAGGGAAGCGUCGUGGGAUUCACCAGCCUCCUGAGCGAUCCCAGGAUGUCACGGGAUGACAACAGGUGCAUAAUACACUGCAUAUGAGUGUGACAAUUGCUGAGAAGUGCAUGUGUCUCUUGAUUGUAUCGCUAGUGAGGCGCCGCUGCCCACCUCGCCCCCAUUGGUGUCCACAUCUGAGAUGAUCGACAGCACGCCUUUUCCCCCACCGACGUGCCCGUUUCCUGUCGGGGCGCCCUCGGAUGGGGGAGGCCGACAUGUCGCUGUACCGCACAUAGACACGAGGCCGCCUGCUGCCCUGCCAGUGACCAGGAAAGGGCCGGUGCAGCUGCAUCCAGGCAUUCCCCCGAUCAAGGUCAGUCGAGGCUUGUGAGACAUGGAGAGACUGCGAACGCAUUGGCGCUGUCUGUAUUUCCCAUGCGCAGGAUUUGCUGUUCAAUCGGAGCUGCAGUGCAGGAUUUGUAGACUUCCUGUCUCUGUGCUUAUGCCACGACUCUGCGCUGCGACCGACGGCGGCUGAGCUGCUGCAGCACGAAUGGAUGAAUGCCCCUCCCGAGGAGACACGUGGGCCGCGGGUAGGGCUGCUGGCGGGGGGCGGCUUGUUGAUCCAUGCUCCAUUGGUUGUGUGUCUGCGUAUUUUAUGGGUGCAGCUAUGUCUCUCCGAGUUGCUGGCCGUCAAGACUCAGCUCAGCACAACACCUUCACGCGGACUCAGGUGGGUCGAAGACGCAAAGAGGUCGUCGCGGUCAUAAACAUGCCUCUCUCAAUUCCCUCUUGUCUGCAGUCGGGUGAUUCCCAACUCCACUGAGGUCUAUCUGAAUUGUCUGUCCCAGUGGCUCGCGCCCUUUUGGAACAAGCCACAGGUGCACACGACCAAGAGAGACGAUUCCGCGAGAAGGAAGGAGAUCCUGGUCUACGACACAGCCAUCACACUGGGGAUGCCGCAGCAGGUGCAUUUGUCUCAGUAGUCAUGUUGGUUGGCACUCCUGCAUAUUCAUCGUGUGCGGCUUUCAGGAUGUGCGUGAAAUGCUGGAGGCGAAGAUUCGGGAGCAUCUGACGGGCGCGGGGAGGUGACCGCGGGGGCCAAGUGAGGGUGAAUCCAUCGAUUACGCAGGAAGGCUUUUUAUGAUUCCAGUCCUGAUCUCAGUGUGGCUUGUAGAUAAGAG